AUGUUAGUUAGAGAGUUGGUUAGAGGUUCUGUUUUGACAGUUAUAAGUGAACUGGCAGUUAGAUGGAAACUGUUUGGAAAUAUGACAUCAAGGCUUGCAAUUUUUAUGUUUUGUCGUGGUCAUGAGGAAUGGUCAAAAGAAGGCGAAGUUUUGAUGGGGCAAAACGGCCGUUUAAAAUUGCAAUCGCGUCUCAAAAUCAUUUCAUCAUUUCAUCGUUUUAUCGUUUCAUCGUUUGAGGUUGAAAGGAAUCGCUUCUCAAAAUCGCUUCAGGUUGCAAUCGCUUCUCAAAAUCGCUUCAGAGUUUUGUACCAAGACCAAUUGCAAGGAUUUCCAGUGACUUUUAUGGCUUUGAGUGCUUUGAUUUUUGUGUUCAAGUCAAUCCUCUCUACAAUUGUCUUCAUAUUGGUCCACAAUCGGUUGCUCCACCACUUUGUUUAUCUUCUUCUAAAGCCAAUUUCAAGCCACCAAAAAUAA